AACGCGGUGGAGCCGGCGCUGAGGCAGCAGCUGAUGGUGAAAAUGGAGGAUGGUGAAUUUUGGAUGUCCUUCCGGGAUUUCCUGCGGGAAUUCCCCCGCCUGGAGAUCUGUAACCUCACCCCGGACGCCCUCCAGUCCCGCAAAUUCCGCAAGUGGAACACGCGGCUCUACGACGGGACGUGGCGGCGCGGCAGCACGGCCGGCGGUUGUCGGAACUACCCCGCCACUUUCUGGAUAAACCCGCAGUUCAAGAUCCAGCUGGAGGAGACGGACGACGACGGGGAUGAGCGCGGCGGGCGCGAGCCCGGCUGCAGCUUCCUGCUGGCGCUGAUGCAGAAGCACCGGCGCCGCGAGCGCCGCUACGGCAAGGACAUGGAGGCCUCCGACGAGGUCCCUCCCGAGUACGUGGGGAAAUCGGGCGUCCACCUGAAGCGGGAUUUCUUCCUGGCCAACGCCUCGCGCGCCCGCUCGGAGCAGUUCAUCAACCUGCGGGAGGUGAGCACCCGGUUCCGGCUGCCGCCGGGGGAGUACAUCGUGGUGCCCUCCACCUUCGAGCCCAACAAGGAAGGAGACUUCGUGCUCCGCGUCUUCUCCGAGAAGAAAGCCGGCACCGAGGAAAUGGAUGACAAGAUCCAAGCGACGCUCCCGGAUGAGAAGGUGCUCUCCGAAAGCCAAAUCGACGACAACUUCAAGCAGCUCUUCAAGCAGCUGGCAGGGGCGGACAUGGAGAUCAGCGUCACGGAGCUUCAGACCAUCCUCAACCGGAUCAUCGGCAAACAUAAAGAUCUCCGGACCAAAGGCUUCAGCACUGAGUCCUGCCGCAGCAUGGUCAACCUCAUGGAU